GCCCGUGCACUGCAGUCGCAUUCAGGGGUGUUUACUAAAGAUGGUUCUUUACUUGGUAACCUUUUACCAUACUUUGCCCUUCUUUGGAAGCGUUUCCGUGUCCCUGCUGAACAGCUACUUGUCAUCGUCGGUCUCUUUUAAUUUGGACACGAUUUACUUGAACUGGAACUCCACUUUUCCGGCCAUUACUGUGUGCGAGAUAUACAAUGCCGAAAGAAUUUGGGACCUGAGUGACUCACAUUUUGGCGUGGAACACGAUAUGCAUGUCGAUGACUUCAUCUCCGAAAUUGUAUUCUAUCGCGGCGUCUGCAGCAGCUGCGAGGAUUGCCCCAAGUUUCGAUGUCCGACCAACUUUACCGUGCUCGUGGAUUUGUUCCGUACCAGCUGCCAUCAGUUGCUGGUGAACUGCAGCUACCUGAACGAGCUUUUCGACUGUUGCGAUCGGUUCCUGCCCCUGCCCACGGAGUACGGGUUGUGUUACUCCUUCAACUCGCACCAGGCGCGAAAGGUGUCCCAUGUGCAGUUCACCAACAACCGGGAGACGGGGCCGGGACAUCUCAAUUUCAAUGCCGCCGCCGACAUCCAGUUGUAUGUGCAUGCACCCAUCGAUGUGCCCUACCAGUUCUCGGAGGGCAUGAUCCGGGAGACGGUGCUACUGGGCCACUACAAGGAGCUGGUCCUGAAUGUCAUCGAGGUGCACAACGACGAGAGUGUCCAGGAUCUGAGUCUGGAGCAGCGGCGAUGUCGCUAUGGCCACGAGCAUGUCCUCGAACGGCAGGGCAUCUACGAGUUCUACAGCUACUCCGGAUGCGUAGUGGAAUGCACAGUGCUUUUGCAGCUGGAGAACUGCAACUGCACCAGCCACUUCAUGGCCAAUCCCGGCCAGAAUUCCCUGCCCGCCUGCGACUACCGCGGCCUGAUCUGCCUCACCAAGAUCCGGGACAAGAUCAUGACGGAGCGCAAGUCCUGCGAGUGCAUGAGCUCCUGCGAGGAGCCGGAGUACAACAUCAUUUAUAAUUCAGCAGAUGAGGAUGAUGAAGCCUCGGAUGACGUCUCAAAAAUCCGAGUGGCUCUUGUGGAGCUGCCCACCCAGCGCUACGUACGUCGGGUGACCAAAACUAUUCUGGAUUUUUUGAUUUCCCUUGGCGGUCUGGUUGGCCUGUUCUUCAACACAUCCGCCUUGCGAAUUGUGGAGGCCAUUGUAAUCUGCCUGCGACAUAGAAAAACCAUGGUGAAGUGGGUUAAACGAAUUUUGCUUGGCACGGCAAAGUAUUUACAGAUCUUGGACCAGUCGAAGUAA